AUGAGCAUGGGAUUGGAAGCUGGAAAAUGGAAAUGGCAUGGAUCAGUUGGAGGCAUCGUGGGUGCACCCAUAGACAAAGUCUGGACCGUGGUUUCUCAAAGCAAAAAGCUAACAGAAUGGAUGCCGAUGGUCGAAGAAUGCACAGACGUAGCAGGGGAAGAGGGCAUGCCCGGCUAUGUUCGGCUGGUCUCUGGUUUCAUGUUCCCUCAGCAAGAUGGAGAAAGGUCAUGGAUCAAGGAGAGGCUGGUUUCCAUGGAUUCAUCAUCUCGUUGUUAUGCUCAUAGAAUGGAAGCAAGCAAUGUGGGUUUAGAUGGAUCUGUAAAUUCAUUAAAACUUGUAGAUUAUGGGGAUAAUUCCACAUUAGCUAGUGGACUGGUCAUUUGA